CUCAGUUGGGCCGUAAACCCAAAUUACAAAUGGCAGAUAUACCCGAGUCCCAUACUCCCAAGACAAUUGGUGGUGCAGCAGCUGGGUAUUGUAGAGUUGUUGCAAGAUCCUUUUCCCCCGAUCGCCUCGGACAAAGUUCAACGCGUAAAAGUAAGGGAAAAGGGGACGCGUCAAAGGAGUCACAUCCUGCGCAGUCCCCAGGCCUUAAAACCUUGCCCUUCCAUUCCGCAAAAGAUAUAUCUAACCCAAAGGUAUCUCGAAGUCCGCCGUCUUUGUGCUUCGUCCUUUUGUCUUUGAGCAAGGCUUCUACUCUAUUGAUAUCUGCCAGCGUUCUGUUCAAAAUACAGCAACGAACGGUAAGAUGCCGCACCCCAACGACUCCUCAGAAACGGUCAUCCUACGCGUCAAAAGCGACGACGACGACGACAACAGCGGGGAUAGCGACGACAACGGCGACAGCUCGAAUAGUAAUCGGCGUCAAAGCGUUGAUGCCACGCUCAAUCACGAUAAUGGGGAAAAGGUAGCAGAAGACGAAGACGAUGACCGCACGGCCCCAGGCAGCCCCAAAUCCUCCUCCAGCUGCUCCUCGCCCGAAACCACGCCCAUGCUCGGAUUCCCGGAGAAGCAAGGGUUCCAUAGUACCCGCAUAGGCACUCCAAAGCGAUCGAGCCACCCUAAACACCUCCCCGGAUCCUCCAGGAAGACCUGCAACCCCCUCCGCACCUUCCUCAGCAACCCGACCCACUCAUCCCCAGGUAUCCUUUACAUCUCCAUCGUAGCCGCCUCCCUACUCUCCAUCCUCUCCAUCCUCGCGGUGCUCAGCACCGCGACGCCGCUGCAGGAAUGGCGGCAGACAAUUAUCCAACAUAAGCUGAUGUGGUGGGAUUCGUGGCUCCUCGGUCGUAUCUCGGAACAGGAGUUGAAAACCCUACCCCCGAUGUGUCUGAACUACAAGCUGAACGCGAUACAUAACGAGAAACGGCUCAUAUUUCCGUUGGCGAAUGAGACGUCCUACACCCCCGACCCGCAGCCGCGCGGGACCAGCAGCGCCUCAGGGCACGCGAACCUCAACCUCCUACCGCCACCGCAGAUCUUCGCCGACGUGCCGAAAGAUAUCUUCUUCCUACACUACAACCCAACCUUCACAACCUACCGCUACCUGUGCUCCGUCGAAUCCGCCGCAAAGAAGAACCAAGACCACGCAAUCACCAUCCUCGCCAAAAACGUAUCCGACCUCGACCACAAACUCACCCACUGGCGCUCUUUGGUCGGCUCGCAGAUCGCCGACCGCAUCACCGUCAUGCCCAUGCGCUACGCCCACCAUUUCGCCGAUACGCCCCUCCAACAAUGGUGGGAAUCCGGCGCGUGGAAACAGAGCACAUGGGUUGGGCAGAACCUCGGCAACGCGUUACGGUUGGCCGUCGUGUGGAAAUACGGUGGAGUGUACAUGGACCUGGAUAUCAUCUCGAUCAACCCGUUGAGGGGCAUGGGGCGGUCGAUUGCGAGGGAGGAGAUUAAUCGGGUGAAUAAUGCGGCGUUGAGGUUCCCGAGGGAGGAUCCGCUUGUCUGGGCGUUGAUGGAGGAGUUUGUGGAGGGGUGGAAUGGAUAUAUGUGGGCGUACAACGGCCCCUGGGCAAUGACACGCAUGUUCUUCAAACGAUGCCAGAAGACGUGUCUUAAGCUCGGCAUGAUCCCCGCGGAGACGCAGGAGGAGAUGGCCAAGAAGGGAGAAGAGAAAAAGGAUGAGAAGAAGGAUGAAAGCAAGGAUAAGGAAGGGAAUAAGGAUGAGAAGAAAGCAGACGAUACCGAAAAGAAGGAAGAGAAGAAGAAAGAAGAAACCGAAGAGAAAGAUGCGUCAAAGAAAGACGACGCGAGACCACAUGAGGAUGCGAAAUCUCAAGAGACUGGUGAAAAGACCGAGGACGCGAAAACUGAGCACGGUGACGGCAAGGAGGUGCAGCCGUUGUCGGCUUCGGACGGAGGAACUCAGAAGGAUGGUGAGAGGCAUGAGGAUGAUACGGUUCCGCUCGCUGCUUCGGAGAAGAAGGAUGAUGAUGGCAAGAAGGACGAGGGUGAUGACAAGAAGGCAGAUGAUGGUGGUGAAAAGGACAAGGCCGCCGAGCCAAAAGAAGGCGGAUCCCCCAACAACAACAACACAGAAGAGAAAGACAAAGCCUCCCGACACCCCCGCCACCUCACCGAAGUCGACCCGGACUACGCCGAUCCGCACACGCCCCAACCCCCCUCCUCCCCUUACCCCCAAGAACACCCCCACCCCACCCGCCGCUCCCCCGACACCCCCGCAACCCUCCCCUUCGGCAUGUCCCACUCCGACUACACCCCCGCCCACUCCGCCCAACUCCAGGACGCCCCCUUCUGCCAAAAUCUCAACAUCGUCGCCCCCUCCCGUUUCUACCCGAUCCACUUUGGAACACGCGCAAUCCUGAUCGAGCCCUGGACCGAGCAUUGCGAUAAGAUCCAGAAGUUGGAGAUGGAGAGCGUGGGGUUGCAUUGGUGGCAUAAUCUGGUGAAUGAUGGGGUCGUGUUGGGGAGGGAGAGUUUUUUGGGGAGCGUGUUUGGGAUGGCGUGUCCCGCGGUUGUCGAGGCGUUUGGAUUGAAGGCUUUGGAGAUUGUUUGAGAGGUGGGACGGUUUGAGAAGGCCAAUUGCUUUUGUGACU